AUGCCCACCUCGCACUCCACCCUUGCUGUCCGCGAACCGCCCCGACCCCGCCUCAUCGUCUGCCACGACUUCCAGGGCGGAUACUCGGAGAGACCGGAUCGGCGGGGCUACUCGUUCGAGCACUGGCACCUCGCCGACACCUUCAUCUACUUUGCACACCACCGCAUAUCCUUACCUCCCGUCGGCUGGGUCGAGGCAGCCAACAGACACGGCACCAAGAUCAUCGGCACACUCAUCUUUGAAUGGUCCGAGUCGAUCCCCUCGCUCUCGCACCUCCUCCGCGGUCCCUCGCGAUCCAGGCUGCCGCACAGGGGGCCCGCUUCGUUCUCACCCUACUAUGCCGACCUCCUCAUCUCGCUCGCCCUCGCCUGCGGCUUCACCGGCUGGCUUAUCAACGUGGAAGUCGGGCUGAACCUCGGCUUCUCGUGCUCCGGCGAGGCCUGGCCACCGUGGAUCGGCGAGGCGGCGCGUCGCAACGAGAUGAAGAGAAACGCCGACCGCCUGCGCUCCUGGGUCGAGUACCUCCGGCGAGAGGGCGAAAGGCGCUGCCCAGACUGGCAGGUGAUCUGGUACGACAGCGUCACAGCCAACGGCGACCUGGCGUGGCAGGAUGCCCUGACCCCCCACAAUGCGCCCUUCCUUCAGGUGGCCAGCAGCAUCUUCACCAACUACACCUGGGCGAAACCCCCGGUCCAGCUGCCACCGGGCAUGCUCAAGGAGGCUCUCCAGCCGCAUCAGCAGAGGCAGCUCGAGGGCUACGGCCUCACCGGGCCCCAUGAUGGCGGUUUCCAUCCGGCGCUCCAGAUCUCGGCAGCGAUGGCGGACUACAUCGGUCGCAAGAGGCACGACGUGCUGGUCGGCAUCGACGUCUUUGGACGCAACUGCUAUGGCGGCAUGGAGAGCUGGAAGUCGCUCGACAUGAUUGCCUCCCGUCGGCUGUCGAGCCAAGCCAGCGGAUCCCCUCUGCCCGCGUCCAGUCUGGGGCUGAGCGUCGCCCUAUUUGCCCCUGGCUGGACGUGGGAGCACGACGAGCCCAAGCGCGACCCUUUGAAGGGACGCAGCUGGGCACAUUGGUUCGAAGAGGACUGCCGCUUCUGGAUCGGAAGCCCUUCCUCGCCGCAUCCCUCGACCUCGCUCGUUCCCGCCUCGACUGCUGCCACACCACCGCCGCCGAUCUCGUCGUUCUUCCCACCGCUGACUCAGCGCCCCGACCGCCUGGCCAGGAUGGCGCGACCUGCGUACUACACCAACUUUGGCCUUGGAUCGGGAGUUCGCUGGUUCGUCGCUGGUCGGUGCGUCUACGACUGGAGCAAGACCGAGGGUGGUUCAUCGUCUGACCUCGCCGUCGAGGCGGAUCAGAACGAGAACGACAAGCUGCUCGGAUGGGCGGAUCAGGGCGUCUCGAUGCCCAAGCCCGAUCUGCUCUAUCAUGCUGCCACCGAGCCGGGGACGUCGGUAUCGUGGAGCUUGAACGAGCAAUUCGCGUGGAGCGGCAACGUUUCGCUGCAGCUGACGCUGGGACAGGCGGCGUGGGAGGUCCCCAUCUCGACCGUGGCCCUGUCUGCGAUCCCGCGACAGGAUGGCGUGCUGCGGGCUUGCGUCCACUACCGCUUCCUCGAUCUCGACGGCGCAGGGUCGACUCGCGGAGAGAAAGACGGGAUGACCGACGAGGGCAACGAGGCACGACCACGUCUACUGACAGCGGAGGGCAGCGUGCUGGAGGAGGUCGAGGCGAGUCGGCACACGUCCUCCGUCGGCGGUGGGUGGCGACGGGCCGAAACCAGCUUCCGCCUCGCCCCUACACGAACGGAGACGGACGGCCUCCUCGUCCUGCGCCUCCACCUCCAAGGUCGAGGAACGGGCGCGCUGCUGCUCGGCAGCGUCGAGGUGGGCCCUCCUCCCAGCAGCAGCGGCAGCAGCGCCGCACCAGACGUCGGCGAGCCAUCCACGGCGCUCGUCGACCCGACGUGCACGUGCACCCUCGUCCAACGCCCCCGAGACGGCGCCGGGGGGAGCAAAGUGACGUUCCGAUUGGCAUGGAACGACUUUGACCCUGCCACGCCCUACUACCAGGUCUUUGCUGCUGCUGCUGCGGCGGCGGACGGCGAAACGCACGCGCAGCAGCAAAGCGACGAGGUGUGGAUCGGCACGGCGACGAGGGAGGCGCGGCGCACCGAGGCCGCCUUUGUCGACCUCGACCUCGAGCGACUUGGCCUUGCAGCGGCGGCGGCGGCGGCGGCCAAGGGUGCGGCGGUGGAGAUGAGGGUCCGGUCGAUGCUAGAUUCCUGCCAGGUCUUUGCCAGGUGUGCGUUUCCGCCGUCUGAGUAG